CUUGGAUUUCUACAAAGUAUUUGAUUUCAGUACUUAGAUGGAGCCUGUGUUGGGAUUCCUAGAAGAGGAUGAGGUUGAAGAAGAUUAUGAUGAAUAUAGCCUACCACGAUCAGGACUAGAAUACCUGAGAAGAGUACAAUUAGAAGCAACAGAAUGUCCUGAAGUUGUUGUAGCAGACAUCAGCCAUAAAAGUUUUAAGCAACAAACAGUCCAGAUAAAUCAGGUGCRGAGUCACAUGGUUGCCCCAGAAGGUUGGGCACCUUCCUUGGAAUGGCAACUACAACAAGCUGCAGACUUUGCUGAUUUAAGACAGAGGAUGGCUCACUAUAAAGCUAAAUAUGGUAAAAAUGCAGAAAAUGGUGAUGUGGUUCUUCCAAACAAAAAAGAUGUAGCCCAGUGGCAUUUUUUUUGUCUCRGAAAACAACUGAAACAAAAAAGUUCAGCUGAUGAUUCUGAGGGUGAAACAAAGUCAGGACCAACAUUAUGCCCCAAACAAGAAGGAAAUCUCCCAUUGUUUAGUACUAUAGUGAAAAUGAACCAGGUCACAAUUCUGCAAGUAUUGGAGCAUCAUGUCAGUUGGUUAGAACAGGGAGAAUAUUCACACAUGCAGGGAYGCUGGUUGUACUCACUGUUAGCUUUCUUGGAAAAACCUUUGCUGCCAGAGUCUACUGCACUUCUGCGAACUCUUGCUCGGCACUGUGCAGCAUGUCGUGUCAAACAGAUGGAAGCUAGCUCUCAAGAAAGUGGCAUUGUGGAGUCUCUUAAUCUGUUAAUUGCUCUUGUAACCAGAUAUUUUGGACAGACAGAUCUGGCUGAUACAUAAUGAGUACAGCUGUAUCUCACAAGUCUGUUCGGAUGUGAUUAGCUUUGCUAUUUCUCCCGGCAGGAAACAGAUUGAAGAUUGGUGGAUGAAAAACUAGGAAAGAAAUAGAAGAAUAGCRAAACAGAAUAGGAUAACCACACUUAUUAACUGGGACUUCAAUGCUCUUCCUAUAUCCUAGAUGUGCUUGCUCUCACCACCAUCAGUUCCAUCCAGUGACCRCCCAUCACACAUUAGUUUUCUUUUCUUCAAUAAACUUUGCAGAUGUAUUUUUCCACCCAG